AUGGACACUCGCCCCGAUGUUGUUAGGAACAUGGCCAUUACAGACACCCCUGUCGACUCUGCCAUUGAACGUCUUGAGGACGCCGAGGUCGAGACAACGUCAGAAAGCUCGGAAAUUGGCCAACCUCCAGUUGAAAGCGCGUACAUCACACCCCUGUCACCUGAGCCAUUGCUCGCGGAGGUCCACAUUCCGGAGACAGAAACGGACGCGAGAAUAGAAGUUGAAGUGCUUAAAAGCAUCCCACAAGCGAUGAGCGACUCUGGGUCGGAAGAUGCACGGAUUGAAGAGGUGCAAGCAAUGCUAUUGGAUAAUGUCAGAUCGUCUUCGCCACCCGUGCUCGACAUCCAGUCUCACGAACCUACUCAUCCCCAUACGCCGUCGCCUCCGCCUCUGCCUCAGGUCCAGCCUGUUACGAGUCUCAUAAUCGACGCUGCGUCUGCUAGCGUCGCGGAUGCGAGUCAAUCACGCUCGCCUCCUCAAUAUCACUCUCCCAAACAGCCCCCGGCGUCGGCGCCGGCGCCUCAUAUGAAGGCAGCGGCUGCUUCCAGGACAUCUCUGUUCCUUCCCACCCCCUCCAACUCCCCCAUCGAAGUUUCACCACCAAAGAGUCUGGCCCAGGAAGCUGUCGAGGACGAAUAUGUUGAGAUUGAAGGCGGCUCGCCCCCUCCAACACUGUUGUACGGCCAAGAUAAGGGUAAAGGUAGACCGAGAGGGAUCGACUCCGAUUCCGACGUGGGCUUGUCGUCAUCAUGGAGGAGGAAGACGCAGCCAUAUGUGCAAGUGCCACCUCUCCCUGAGUACGCUGCCCGCCUCAAGACCCCACCACCACGGACCAGACGUACCUCCGAGUCGGCCGGUCAAUCGUCCCGCGAGAGUUCGGUCGAUGAGUUCGCAUCAUGGGACAAUACGGAGGACUUGGCUGAGCAAGGCAAGUGCCUUCACGCGCCCACCACGGAUAAUGCUGACCUCUCUCCCCAUCGGCCUAUUUUCGGUACGUUUGCUUGCCAGUGGGCGGGCUGCUUAUCGGGCAAAUUUUCGGGCAAGAAAGCGCUCUUGAGGCACCUCGUCAAGCACGUGCCGCUCCGAUGCGCGUUCGAAGAUUGCGAGCAAUCGUUCAGCUACCCCGAAGUGCUGCUGUAUCACCACCAAUCAAGCAGGCACCGCAACGGCUCGAUGCGCAAGCCCACAGUCGGACAGCCCGCUGAGCGCACAGUGCCACUGCUACCACUCCCCGGCGUCCUCCCCGCGCACAUCGCGAUGGCGGUUACUGAGCGCGUUGCGCGACACCCCAUCUCCAAAGAGCGGCACCAGUGGCUCGGCGCGAAGGUACUCGAGAACAUCACUUCGUUCAAGCCAGCGUGGCAUCGCUCCAACGCCGCCCAGCCUGCACGUGGCUCGAGACGCCUGGCCGAGAGGGUCGCUGCCGCGGAGCUGGCUGCGGAGUCUCCAGAACAGGCACUCGCUAACAUACGCCGUUGGGCGGAUGACCAGUAUUCGGUGUUCGCCGGAGGGUACGAUGCUGGACGACAGCCUUGGUUGCAGUGCUCGGACAUGCCUUCGGAGGAAGUGUCGAGGUUGGUAGAGUCGGGAUUGGUGUUCUACCCAGGAGAUAAGCUUGCGCAAGAGCAGGAAGAAACGGAGAACGAGCCCCAGCCGGAUGCUGCGACAGACGCUCAAGAGCCCAGCAAGGAGUCCGACGGAGAAAGUGGCCGCGCUGAGGGCGAAGAAGGCGCACCCACAUUACCCGACGACACACCUAUCUUGUCACUCUAUGGCCUAGGCGGAGGCAUGGAGGGCGGCGCGGCCGCCGGAGAAUCCAACGCACCUCUCUCCCCCAGCCUCGUGGCGUCGCUUUCGACGCCACAGUGGGAGAGGCUCUCGCCGCCGAAGUUCGAGGCAUCAGACGCCCUGGCGCUGCUCUGGCCUGUGCUAGGGCCGUCACGCUCGACGUCGUCGCCUGCGCCCCCGCCCCCGGACUCGGGGUCUUCUAGCGAGGGCGCUAGUGCAGCACCCAGGGCCGACGGCUAA